AUGUCCAAGAAACUUCUCACCAUCUUCGGUGCUACUGGCAACCAGGGCGGCUCCGUUAUUUCCACCGUACUUGCUUCUCAGGCUCUGUCCGCCAAGUAUGCCCUCCGAGCCAUCACCCGAGACACGACCAAGCCCAACGCUCAGGCUCUGGCCUCGAAAGGUGUCGAGCUCGCCAAAGCCGACCUCAAUGACCCAUCAUCAAUCGCUUCGGCCAUCAAGGGCUCGUAUGGCGUCUUUGCGGUGACCAACUACUGGGAAACCACCUCGAAAGAAGUCGAGUUCAAUCAAGGCAAGAACAUUGUCGACGCCUGCAAGUCUGAGGGUGUCAAGCACCUCGUCUGGUCUGGACUACCGAACACGACCGCGAUGACCAGCGGCGAACUUUCCAGAAUCGAGCACUUUGACAGCAAGGCCCAAGUCACCGACUAUGCCACGAAAAUCAAGGGUGAUUCACUCCUCGUUUCGACCUUCAUGCCCGGCUUUUUCAUGUCUAAUCUGCUCGGUCAAAUCAAGCGUCAAGAAGACGGAACAAUUGCCCUAAGUCUACCUUGGGAUGCGGACAAAACCUGGCUGCCUCUGCUCGAUAUUCGCGGAGACACUGGCAAGUACGUCGCAGGUCUUUUCGAGGCUGGCUCCGCUGCCGAUGGCGUGGCCGUCCAAGGUGUCAGCGAAUGGGUCCAUCCCGCCCAGAUCAUCUCUCUCGUUGCUGAACUUUCCGGGCAAGACGUGAAGUUCCAGCCUCAAGAGAUGACCGUGGAGAUGACCAACAACAUGGACAGAAUCCCAGCGGAAAUGGUUCAAAACAUGAUCUUGAUAAGAGACUACUCAUACUUCGGCAAGGGCACCGAACAGAAGCAAGCCGAGUCUGAUAAGUAUGUGGCAGAAGGCACAAAGUUAAACAACUGGAAUAGCUGGGCCAAAGAGCAGAAAUGGGCGUGGUGA